GCGCGAGGGCGGCGAGGGGCCGCGGAGCACGGCAGCGGCCGGCCCGCCCGAGCGGGAGGAAGCGAUGAAUAUUCAGAGGGGGAGGGGAGGAGAGGGGGCCGAGCGCUCCGCGCGGCUCCCUGCAGCCGGAGCCGCAUGACGCGCGGAGGAGGCAGAGGGAGCAGCCGGGGCCGCGGGAGCCGGGAGCUGGGAACCACGCGCGGGGGGUGGGCGCCGCUCGCUCCGCCCCGCGAAGCCCCUGCGUGUCUAGGGCCGCGGCCGCUCCGCGCCAGGCGCGCUAGGUUCCGCCGUGUGGCCGCCGCCGCCGCCGCCGCUGCCGCUGCCAUGUCCCCGGGGAAGCCCGGGGCGGGCGGAGCGGGGACUAGGCGGACCGGCUGGCGGAGAAGGAGGCGGAGGCGUCGGCUGGAGGCGGAGACCAGGGCGCCCGGCUUAGGGCACACGGCGGGGCGCGUCCCGGGCACGUUCCAGGGCGCGCAGGGCAUGAAGCCGGCGGCGCGGGAGACGCGGACACCCCCGCGCUUGCCCGGGCUCCGCUGGGCGCUGCUGCCGCUGCUGCUGUUGCUACGCCAGGGCCAGGUCCUGUGCACAGGUGUGGCACCAAAUCCUAUAUUUGAUGUUGAAGCUGUCGUCAGCCCAACCAGUGUGGUAUUAACAUGGAAGCACAAUGACUCAGCCACUUCAGAAUAUAGAAUAAAGACUAAGAUGGAGAGCGAGCUGACAUUUCCUGAUACAAACCAGACAUCAUAUAAUAUCACAGGCUUAAGGCCAGCUACUUCCUAUACAUUCUCCAUCAUCUUGUUAGCAACUAAUGAUACUGUGGACAAAAAUAUCACAACAGAGCCCUGGCCAGUGUCUGAUCUCCGUGUCGCCUCCGUGGGUGUGACACAGGCUCUUCUCACCUGGAGUAAUGCAAGCGGUACUGCCUCCUACCGGAUGCUGAUUGAAGAGUCGACCACACAUUCAUCAGUUAAUAUUUCAGGUCUGAAGCCGGGGACCCAUUAUAGCUUGGCUUUCCCAGAAUCAAAUGGGACACAGAAUAACUUCUCUGUUGCAGAAGAUGUCUUGGAUGCCAAUGACACUGUGAGAAGCCCAGUGGCCAACCUAUCCCAACUACACAAGAAUUCUCUUGCCUCUGCAGACCCACCCCCUGACCAGGAUCCCUCCCUCACAGAGGUCCUGCUCACUGAUCUAAAGCCGGAUACUCAGUACAAUGCCACCGUUUAUUCUCGAGCAGCAGAUGGCACUGAAGGACAGCCUCAGCACAAAGUGUUUAAAACAAAUUCCACCCAGGUUUCUGAUGUCCGAGCUAUGAACGUCAGUGCCUCGAGCAUGACCCUGACCUGGAAAAGCAACUAUGAUGGGUCCCGUACUUCAUUUGUCUACAAAAUACAUGUGACUGGGGGGACCUUCUCCAUCAAUCAAACUGUCAAUGAGACGGAGGCCACCAUCCUUGGACUCAGCUCGAGCACCUUGUACAACAUCACAGUUCAUCCUUUCCUGGGUCAGACGGAGGGUACACCAGGCUUCCUUCAAGUGUAUACUUCUCCCGGUCCAGUUUCUGACUUCCGAGUGACAAAUGUCAGCAUAAGGGAAAUUGGUUUGGCUUGGAGGAGCAAUGACUCGGAGUCCUUUGAGAUUUUCAUCACACAGGACGGAGGUGAGAAGCAUCGAAGUGCCUCGACGGGAAACCAGAGCUAUACGGUUGAAGAUUUAAAGCCUGGAACCAGUUACCGUUUUGAAAUAUUUCCACGAGGACCAGAUGGGACUCAAGGGCCAUCCAGGACAGUAAAUGGGAGAACUGACAGCAGUGCUGUGAUUGACAUCCAUGUGGUCAACGUUAGCACCACUGAAAUGCAGCUGGAGUGGCAGAAUACAGACAAUGCUUCUGGAUACACUUACCAUUUAGUUCUAGAGUCUAAAAAUGGCUCCAGGAGGACCAACAGUUCUCAGAAGUGGAUCACACUAGGGGACCUUACCCCAGGCACUCUAUAUAAUGUCACAAUCUUCCCAGAAGUGGAUCAGAUCCAGGGUGACUCUAACUCCAUUACCCAAUACACACGGCCCAGCAGUGUGUCCCACAUCGAAGUAAACACCAACACCACUGUGGCAGUCAUCCGGUGGGAGAACAUGGACGCAGCCUCUGCCUCCUAUGUCUACUCUGUUUUCAUCUUGAAGGCUGGAGAUGGCAGCAGUGUGACCAGCGAGUUCACAGACAUCCCUUCUGUUACAAUCCCUGAGCUAAUCCCAGGUGUCUCUUACACAGUGAAGAUCCUUACACAAGUUGGCAAUGAUACAGUAUCACUGGUACCUGGUUGGAAGCUGUUCUGUAUGGAACCUGCACCAGUGGCCUUCUUCCACUGUGAAGUGGUCCCAAAGGAGCCAGCGUUGGUUCUGAAGUGGGCCUGCCCCCCUGGCGUGAACACAGGCUUCGAGCUGGGGGUCAGGAGUGAUGCUUGGGACAAUAUGACACACCUGGAGAACUGCACUUCAGACGAUGACACAGAGUGCAGGACAGAAGUCACCUAUUUGAAUUUUUCUACCUCGUACAACAUCAGCAUUGCUACCUUGUCAUGUGGAAAGAUGGCGCUGCCCACCCAGAGCACCUGCACCACCGGCAUCACAGACCCACCUACUCCAGAUGGAUCCCCUAAUAUUACAUCGGUCAGUCACAAUUCAGUAAAGGUUAAGUUCAGCGGUUUUGAGGCCAGCCAUGGACCAAUCAAAGCCUAUGCUGUCAUUCUCACCACUGGGGAAGCUGGCCAACCUUCCGCAGAUGUUUUAAAGUACACAUAUGAAGAUUUCAAAAAGGGAGCCUCGGAUACUUAUGUGACAUACCUCAUAAGGAUAGAAGAGAAGGGACAGUCUCAGGGCUUGUCUGAAGUCUUGAACUAUGAAAUUGAUGUGGGGAACCAAUCCACUACGCUUGGCUACUACAAUGGGAGGCUGGAGCCUCUGGGCUCCUACCGGGCUUGUGUUGCUGGCUUUACCAAUAUAACCUACAACCUUCAAAACGACGGCCUCAUCAAUGGGGAUGAGAGCUAUGUGUCUUUCAGCCGGUAUUCAGAAGCCGUGUUCUUGCCCCAAGAUCCAGGUGUCAUCUGCGGAGCAGUGUUCGGAUGUAUCUUUGGUGCCCUGGCCAUCACGGCUGUGGGAGGCUUCAUCUUCUGGAGAAAGAAAAGGACAGAUGCCAAGAAUAAUGAAGUGUCCUUUUCUCAAAUUAAACCUAAAAAAUCCAAGUUAAUCCGAGUGGAGAAUUUUGAGGCCUACUUCAAGAAACAGCAAGCUGACUCUAACUGUGGGUUUGCAGAGGAAUAUGAGGAUCUGAAGCUGAUUGGAAUAAGUUUACCUAAAUAUACAGCUGAAAUAGCCGAAAACAGAGGGAAGAACCGAUACAACAAUGUCCUACCCUAUGAUAUUUCUCGAGUCAAACUUUCAGUCCAGACCCAUUCGACGGAUGACUACAUCAAUGCCAACUAUAUGCCUGGCUACCAUUCCAAGAAAGAUUUCAUCGCCACACAAGGACCUUUACCCAACACUUUGAAAGAUUUUUGGCGUAUGGUUUGGGAGAAAAACGUAUAUGCCAUUGUUAUGUUGACCAAAUGCGUGGAGCAGGGAAGGACCAAAUGUGAGGAGUACUGGCCUUCUAAGCAGGCUCAGGACUAUGGGGACAUAACUGUGGCAAUGACAUCAGAAGUUGUUCUUCCGGAAUGGACCAUCAGAGAUUUUGUGGUGAAAAAUAUGCAGAAUAGUGAGAGUCAUCCUCUGCGGCAGUUCCAUUUCACCUCCUGGCCUGACCAUGGGGUUCCUGACACCACUGACCUGCUCAUCAACUUUCGGUACCUGGUCCGGGAUUACAUGAAGCAGAUUCCCCCUGAAUCACCAAUCCUGGUGCAUUGCAGUGCUGGGGUUGGAAGAACCGGAACUUUCAUUGCUAUCGAUCGCCUGAUCUAUCAGAUAGAGAAUGAGAACACUGUGGAUGUGUAUGGGAUCGUCUAUGAUCUUCGGAUGCACAGACCUCUGAUGGUGCAGACAGAGGACCAGUAUGUUUUCCUCAAUCAGUGUGUUUUGGAUAUUAUCAGAGCCCAGAAAGAUUCAAAAGUUGAUCUCAUCUAUCAGAACACAACCGCAAUGACAAUCUAUGAAAACCUCGAGCCAGUGAGCAUGUUUGGAAAGACUAAUGGUUACAUCGCCUAGUUCCAAAGCAAGCCCUCUCUGAAGCUAACCGGACCGUCACACCCACAGCGAAGGAGAGUGCCCUGACGGGGACAUGUUUUAUAUGUCUCAUUUCUCAGUUCUUUGUUCUGUUCUGUUAGAACUACUUGGAGGGCAUGGGGCUGUGCGUGCAAAACAGGGCAGAUAGGCAGUGGGACUGUCAGGGGCUGUGGACAGGUGGUAUGUAAAUCAGCCGCAUUCCUGCUUACCAAUGGGAUGGGUUUACUUUUUGUUUUCUUCCUUGAGAAUUGUGGAAAACCAGGAAAAGUGAGCUAUGUUUUUGUUUUCCAAAUAGGUUUGUUCUCCUCUCUUUCUCUCCCCUCCUUUCUCUCUCCCUCCCCUACCUCUUUCUCUCUCUCUUUUUUUUUUAAGACUUUUAUAUGAUUCACAUGCUAAAGCCAGGAUUAUGUUGGGUUGAAUAUAUUUUAAGUAUCAGAGGUCUAUUUUUAUCUACUGUAUCUUGGAAUCUAGCUGAUGGAAAUGCAUGACUGUGGGUGUUUCUCACACAGUGAGGGGCACACGGCGCCUCUUCUGCGUGGGUUUCUAUUUGAACAUGUGCCUUUUCUGAAUUAUGCUUCCACAGGCAAAACUCAGUAGAUAUCUCUAUUUUUAUAUUGAAUCUCAGAAUUGGAAUAUACGGAAUAUUUAAGCAGUAGCUUAGUAUCAGAGGUCCGUCUCCUCAGUCACAUUCCUGUUCCCACUCGAUUCGAGGAGGCUUUCUCUGCGGCCCACCCUUGACACACACUUGUGCUCCACGUUCCCUUUACUUUCUUUCUUUUCCCUUCCCAGUUUUCGCCAAAGACUUCUGUUGGUGAGAUUUUCAUCCCAUUGGCUGGGUGAGAAUAGAAAUUUAAACUAUCACCAUGAGACUCUCUGUGGGUGGGGGUGGGGAGGAACAGAGGAACCAACAUACCGUGGUGUGUACCCCUUCUCAUCCCGUCUCCUCCUUUCUCUCAUUUCUGUCUUUGGUAAGAAGGAUUAUUUAAAGGUGCAAUAUGUGACGUAGUGGUUCACGAUGCUCUGGGCUCUUAGUGAUGUUUUACUCAGGUUGUCAUUUUAUGUCUCUGUGUGUGUGUCUGUGUGUGUGUGUGUGUCUGUGUGUGUGUGUGUGUCUGUGUGUGUGUAUAUGUGUGUGUGUGUAUGUGUGUGUUUUAUAGCGUGGUGAUCUGUGAACAUUUCAGUGUGAACUCAGAUUAACCCCUCCCCCCCCCAAGUCCACUGGCUUUAGUCUGUCUGCAGUGACACACAUCAGUAUCUACUGUAUAUAUAAAUACUAAACUCUUACACCAGUCAUUCCUAUGAAUUGAGGUGUACAAAGUUUGAUUUGUAUCAAAGAUGUAAUUAUUAUUUUUAAAACCUCUUUUCACUACACUGCUGCUGUAAUUACUUUGAAUUUUUAAAGAAAAUGUAGAUUUUUUUUUUUGCUUCAGGUGUGUAUUCACCAAGAAUUUCAGAAUUUAUGUGGUUUUAUUUUAUUGGUACAUAAUCUGUAAACUUCUCAAGGCAUUAACAUGACAAGAUUGGUGUCUUUUAUUUUAUCUUGUGGCUCAGGUUCUAUUUGAAGAAGUUUCAAGUUUAUUUUCUAGUAGGCAAUGAAGUCUAUAUAAGGUCUUAUGAAGGAAUCGCCCGGUCUCUGGAGUCCUGUGGCUGUUUUCCACAGUAACACAUCCUGCUGUAUGUUUGGGACUGUGGUAUCGUGUUGAAGAUGAGGGCGGGGUCUUCUCUGAGGUCCUGGCCACUGUGGGCCCUGGGGUAACCUGUCUUCUGAUGUCCUGCACUCUGUUCCUCGUGUCACCAGCACUUUGAUGGCUGAUUGGACCUGAUCAUGAGUAUCUGUAGGGUUGGAGAGGGUGAACCGCGAUGUACUGAAAGGCCUCCCUGUGGCUCAGCGCUGCUGUGGCUCUGCUCCUGCUGUGGCUCGGCACUGUAGUGCUGUGUUGUGUACCCCCCUUUCCGUUGCGGUACUGAAAGGAUUAAAAGAAGAGGUCAUGGCGCUGUCAUGCUUUGGGGGAGAAUUUUACUUCUCACAUGGAAACUGCACUUUUUUGCUAAAUCCUUUGCAUUUUGAUAUUCAUUUAGUGUCCAGCUCUACAGAGAAUGGGCUGGCCAGGGUAGGCUGGGCUCCUUGACCCAACUUCGCUGGGGAACUUGAUGCUGCAGUUGUGAAUCAGGGAAGCCUUGCUGUUUCCAGGUGUGGAGUGAAGCUGAACAUGGGCUCAUUAUUUCCAAAUGCCCUGUCUGGUCUGCCUACUAGGAUGUGCUGACUUUAGGAUGCUUCACAGCAGGGCCUGUUCUGGCAGUAGUUCUGUGCACCACCUAUCCACCUCCUCAGUUUGUUAGGAACCAUUGUAGUGGGUGGCAAGGGGUCCAAUCCCAUGUAGCACCUAUGCCCUGCCUCUACUGCUGUGAAAAGCUUGGGGAAAGGACUUGCCCCUAAAAUAGUCCUGUAGAAGAUUAGAGUUCCUUAAAAAAAAAAAAAAUCAAAGCAACAUGAUCAUAAACACACUGUAUAAAAUUGCAAAACACAGAAACCGUCUCCACUUCUGCCUGUGUGGGUCUGGAAAGUCUCUAGGCAUCAGCCCCUGCAAGCCAUUUCCAGUCCCAGGAGGAAGGCUAGUGGCAGAGAGGUCUGUAGUUCCAAAUGGGCAGGUCACAAGAAGCUCACCAUGCCAUUCUACAUCUGGAGGAGGACGACUGUGUGGUGGAGUUUGCAUAGCACAGCCAUUGGAAAGGGAAGAUUAAUGACAGAGGCUAGGGUUGGGCAGAGUCCAGGGGGAAGGUCCUUCUCACUGUUUGCCUCAAGCCCUCAGUGGAACUGUGAACAGAAGUUGGAAGAGUCUGGUUGGAGCUCCUGGGUCAGAUACAAUGGCAGCACCGAGAAAAGCAGCCAGUGUGGGCCUUGCUGUCAGUGAAAGGGCUACAGACUGGUGGCCGGCUGCUUUGGAGGACUUGGGCCAUUGACUGAUGUCUUCUGCGGAGAAAGGCUUUUCCACCAGAGCGGAAUCUAGCAACGAUUGGCACCAGGGGGACAUUUGGUGUCUGUUCUCUGAGGCCGCUUUGUGAUCUCUAGCCAGACUUUGGCACAAUGGACCUGCUGGCUUUGUGCUCUGUGAAGGUGGAGGCUCUGGGGGUGGGAGUGGGGAGGAGGUGGGGAAGGGUCAACUAUGCAGCUGGUUCAUUCAUACUUGUUUUCUGGGAUGGAGAAGCCUGGAUUUUUUUUUUUCCAGUUUGGAAUGCUUGAUUGUGCUUGUUGAGCUAAACAAGCCUGGUGACUGAAGUUGAUUCACCUCAAAUCAGAGUUGGAAUUCUGCGUUUUUCAGAUUGCUGCGUAGCAACUGUGUGUUUAACAACUGUAGCUUUUUUUUCCCUUGGGCACAGAAUAGAAGUGUUGAUGUGGACUCUAAACUGUACUUUUCUUGUAACUAUUUUGGAAUGAUGCACAUUUCUAAUGUCUGUUAUACUUGUACAGAGUAUUGCUGUUGGUUGCUUUUUUUUUUAAAAGGAAAAAUGGCCUGAAAAACUUUUUUUAAAACUUACAAAUACCAAAUAUAAAAUAUGUCAACACAUUAUGUCUUGGGUUGAUUCAUUUCUCUUUCUCUCUUGGAUUGAUUCAUUUCCUCUCCCCCCUCCAUCCUCUCUUUCUCCCCUGCCCCUUAUUUUAUGUCUGUACCAUUUACCAUAUACUUUACUGGUUUGUUAUAUUUCACCAGGGAAUCCCUAACAUGAUCAUGUUUUCACUGGAUUUUUCUAUAUCGUUUUUUAUAGUUACUGUGUCAGAUACCACAGACUAGGUUGUUUAAGCAAAAAAAAUAUAUUUUUAUAAUCUGGAAGCUGGAGAUCCGAGAUCAAGGGGUGGUAGGGACUCCCUCCUAGAAUGGCUUUCUCCCUGUCCACAUAUGGCCUUUAUGUAGGUCUGAGGAUCCUAACAAUACUGGUUAUGGCCUAGUGCACAGCAUCUCAUUUUAUCUUAUUUAUUACUGAGAUCCCUUCACCAAGUAGAGCCACAUUCUGAGGUAUGAGAGGUUUAUACUUCAAGAUGUGGCUGUGUGGACGCGUGAAUGCGUGGGCGCAUGGCUGCGUGGGCGCAUGGGGCUAAUGGUAUGGUUCUCAGUUUGGUAGAGAGAUGUGCUCACCUUAGGAAGUCCCCAGAAUUUUUAGAGGGUCUACUGUUGAGGUUUCUAGGGAAUCUCAAAAUUGUUGGGCUACUGUGACAAUUUGAUCGAGCAGUGGUCCUCAAGCUUCCUAAUGCUGCAACCCCUUAAAACAGUUACUGGUGCUGUGGUGUCCCCCUCAACCGUAAACUUGUGUCUGCUGUGACUUGAUAACUUUAAUUUUGCUACUGUUUCGAUCUGUGUUUUCUGAUGGUCUUAGAUGAACCCUGUAAAAGGUCAUUGACCCCUCCAAGGGGGUCGUGACCCCCUGGUUGAGAACCACCGGGAUAAUACUUUCAGUUCGUCUUUUUGUGUCCCCUGGUACAAAAUGGUUUUGGGGGUUGAGAUAGGACCUCCUGUAAUCCAAGUUUCUAAUCCUCUUGCCUCUGCUUUCUGAGUUCUGGAAAUAAGCAUGUGCUAUCAUUGCCUGUACCUUUUUUGGAAUUAUUUAAUGGGAAAUAAAAUUUCCAUGUAAUUUCUUUAGUAUGUC